AUCCUGGGAAGGAAGAUGCGUUGCGGACCCCUGUGCCGAUUCCUGUGGCUUUGGCCCUAUCUGUCCUAUGUUGAAGCUGUGCCCAUCCGAAAAGUCCAGGAUGAUACCAAAACCCUCAUCAAGACGAUUGUCACCAGGAUCAGUGACAUUUCACACACGCAAGCUGUCUCCUCCAAACAGAGGGUCGCUGGUCUAGACUUCAUUCCUGGGCUCCACCCUGUCCUGAGUCUGUCCAGGAUGGACCAGACAUUGGCCAUCUACCAACAGAUCCUCACCAGUCUGCAUUCCAGAAAUGUGAUCCAAAUAUCUAAUGACCUGGAGAACCUCCGAGACCUUCUCCGCCUGUUGGCCUCCUCCAAGAGCUGCCCCUUGCCCCGGGCGAGGGGCCUGGAGAGCUUUGAGAGCCUGGGUGGUGUCCUAGAAGCCUCACUCUACUCCACGGAGGUGGUGGCCCUGAGCAGGCUCCAGACGGCCCUCCAGGACAUGCUUGGGCGGCUGGACCUCAGCCCUGGGUGCUGAGCCCUCAAAGGCCUGUCUUCCCAAAGUUGAAGAGAGAGCCCUGGGCUCCCAGGUGUCUCCAGAAGAGAGCCCGUAUGGGUGUCCCUUCUCUGGACCCCGAGCCAUUGCUCUCUCACACCUUUUGUGCCCCUCUUCCAAAGGCAUAAGCCUCUGGAGGCAUGAUACCAAAGACAGAAUGCAUGAUUCCAUGCUCACCGGGAAGGGGGACCCAGCCGGCAAACAGUGAACUGGAUCUGGGGUUCUCGCCAAAGAGAACCUUCCUUUCUGUGCCACCUUCCCCCUCACUGCAUGCUUUAGCAUGAUCUGGGGUGAUUUGGGGAGGUGCCCGCCGAGCCUUUGGACCAUCAAACAAGGUUCUGUCUGAGAAUUCUGGGAGCACGGUGAAGGCUACAUCCACGGAGCUGCCAACUCCCUGGCAAUGCAUUAUUUAUUAUGCCUUUUAUUCUGGAAGGAUUGGAAGCAAAACAUCAGCUUUUCUAGGCUCUCUGGGGCCAGCCGGAGCUAGGGAUGCUGGUUCCAGUCCCACCAAUGGGCCUGGCUAAAGCAAAUCCAUUUCUAGUGACUUGAGGGCUCUCGAGUUAGUUCUUUGGUACCUGGCUUUGUUUCUACCGCGACAGAUGUGAAAUUACAGUAUUUUGCAAUGGCAUUGCCGUGAGUGGAUCUCCAAGGACCAGGUCAUUUCAAAAAGAAGAUGAAUUUUGUCAUCUGUGAUAUAUAGAUAUGUGCACAUGUUAGCGGGAGUGUGUUUUCUGAAUCACAUUUGUGCAAUGGGCUCUUGGGAUUGGGGGGGUCAUUUUCUCAUCUCUGCAACCACUUGGUGUGGUUUUCAUGAAAAGAUGACUCCUUCAGGGGGGUCGUGGGGGGCUUUGCGAGCCACCCGUGGAGGGAGUGGCACUGAAGACUGUCUCUUGGGGCAGUUGUGAGCUCCGGUCUUCUCCCAUUACUGGAGGGAGGUCUUUCUUAUUGGGGUGACGCUUGCUCUCUGGAGAUGGCGAUCCCCAGAGCAGGGGUCCUUGGUAGGGGCCUUGGAAUGGUCUAGAGAUGAUCCCACACUGGACUUGUAACACGGCAGGAGCCUUACUUGGGAUGUACCUGCUGAAUUGUGGCUCUCAUCUGACUGGCUCCCCUAAAGCAAGACCGUGUUUCCCACUCCGUCAGGGUGGAUUUUGAUUUCAGUGGGAAGGUCUGUGGGCCCUCGUGGGCAGUCCCAGGACCUGGGCCAGCGCAACUUGGUGCCAGACCGCCAGGCUGGGCCUCCAGGAGUGCCCUUCCCACUGGAGAUAAUGUCUGGGGGUGACGAACCAGGAGGCUUGGGUUUUCCACCAUCCUGCCGCUGUGAUAAGGCCAUCACACUCUCGGCGGUGGAUCUGUCCAAGGAAAUUUGAAUCAAAGCUAUCAGCUUGGAGACUGAGCACCUCUUUGGCGCUCGGCCCGGAUGGGUGCUAUGGGCUAGAGAAGCUCACCAAGUAAACGUUAAAGUCCAGUCUUACCCUCAGGGACCUUGCAUUCCAGAUGGUAAAAAGUUUACACACGGGGAUGCAAAGGCUGGUCUUUUCACCAUGGCAACAGAGCAGGUGAACCAGCAUCCUGUUCAGCAGGCAGGAAACACGGAGCUGAGGAUGCCAGUGAUCAGGGGUCUCCAGGCCAGCCCUGCUUGCCUGUGGUAGCAUUUUUGCUUUGCAGGGCACGCCAGCAUUUCCUCCUGCGUAGCCACCUCCCUUUGACACAGCGCAGCUGACAAUUUAAAAAAUAAGAACGUAACCUAAGACCACAACCUCCGGCAGGAGGCAGGGCUCAGAUUAGAGUUCAGGUCCUCUGACUCCCAGAGUGGUCUGGAGCAAGAUUAUGCUCCCCAGAGGUGCCAACAGCGUUGGACAGGGCGGACCAGGAGUGCUUGGCGUGAGACAGGAGUUGGAGGUGACUUUGCGGGAGGCGAGGGGUGUGAAUUGUCUGGAGGGAGGGGGUUGUUUUGUUUGUGCUGAGACCCUGGGUGAAGGUAUGUGGUUACAAAGAAAGUCAGACAAAGAAAAGACAAGACAGGAGGGAAAGGGAUGUGUUGAAGAGGCUUUCAGGUGCAAAGAAGUUUGAUACCGAAAAGCAUUAAUGUCGGCAGUUCUGGAACAGAGAUUCAUGAGAUGGGCGGAGUCAGACCCCUUCUGGAGGCUAGGACCUAGGUAAUCAUUACCACCAAUCAUGACCACCCAGUCAGGCUGGGAUUUUUUAAGCCUCUCCCUCUCCAAAACCUGACACCAGGGCUUAUUCUCAGAGUGUGGAAGUUCUAAAAUGUAAAUGAUUGUCUUC